CAGUAUUUACUAUAGUAUAAUCUUGUUUCGUUUUAUUGUGAUAUAAAAACGUAAAAUUAUUGUGAAAUAGUGUAAUUGUGGCUCUAAAACUAUUACUCGAGUGUUAAUAAAUAAGUAUAGUGCGGCACAAGUUGGAAGAAAUAUCGUGUCCCUGUGUAAUCGUAUUGUAAAGUGACCUGCAUGAAACAAAUGAAAAAGUAAUUCGCCGUUUUUCCAUUGGUUUUACCUCUUUUUGUGGAUAUCUUCCGUUACUGAAGGUUUACACGAGGACUAGAAAACUAAUUGGCUCGGAGCCAGUGUGAACUAAAAAUUUAUCCUAGUGACUCAGUGACAAUGUUCCCGAGGAAAAUGUGCGCGGAAACGGAAAAGAACGUGCCGAGUUGUUCGUGACGGUGCGACAAAAUGUCACCGGACAAACGCAAAAGGAGAAUCAACGAGUAUAUACAAAACAAUAUACAUUACAUACGGACUUGACUCUAGCUCAGUGAUAAUAAUAUAUAUAUAUACCUUUUUGAUUAUGAUCUCAUUAUUUUAGUGCUCAACCAUAUACAAAGACUGAAUAUAAAUAAGUUCGAACAUCCCUAACAAUGAUAGCCCUGAAAAAACUCUACGGGGACGAACUGCUCCGGUUGGCGUUAGUUCUAAGCCUUCUGAAAGCGAACCCGGAUGACUACUUCGAGCUGGAGACCCAGCAGCUCGCCGGUCUCCACAUAUCCAACGGCUCUGAUUGGUCCCUCGAGCAGGAAGCGAGGACGCUGAUCAGACCGAGGUUCGUCCACCCGAAAUCCCUCGACCACAUACUGGUCAACUACGAAAGACAAUUAUUCGAGGAGUUAAAUUCUCUAGGUCGUUAUAAUCACUUUGAAAACAAUGACCGGAUAUGGUAUAAUCAGGGUUCGAUUCAUACAUAUUUAGUUAAUAAUGUUGCGACCGAUACAGUUGUGCCUGGACUGUCCCAAGAGGCGGUCCACGAUGAGAACGCCCAGGACAAUGUGUCGUCUGAUGAUAACGUUGCGCAAGAAGUAAAGGUCGAGGAGGAAACCCAAGCGGAACAGCCCGACGCCGUCGUAACAUUAUCAGCGGACUUCCUCCAAAAUCACACGGAGUCAGACAUAUUUGCGGAGAUAUCAAGUCGAUCGUUCGACGUUAAUGAAUUUCUGAUACCAAAUGAGAUGCAGAUUAAGAAGGAACAAGAUUCUGAAGAAGAUCUCGUCGUGAGGAUCAAGAAAGAAAGAGACGAUGACGAUUUGUAUAGCGAUAACGCUAUCGACGAUUAUGUUCCGUAUUUCUCAGCGAAAACAGGCAAAUUGGAAGUUGGUGAACCGAAUUCGGUCUUCCACCAGAACCUGGCUGAUCUCCAAGACUAUGAGGAACUCUUCGACGAUGUCAAAGAGCUCAAGAACGAUCUGGAAUGCUUGGACGUUAAGCAACAACAGGAGAAUUUGGAACAGUAUCUUUUGGAGAACACGCCAUUGGAUACAGAGGCUUACGAAUUGGCGCCAAUGUUUGAAGAAGAAUUGGUGUUGGACGUGAAGAGGGAAAGAGCUAGUACAAGUUUUACGUCAGCUAGUUCGAGUGGUGUGAGCGAGAUGGACACGUCUUCUGUGUCCGAUAUGCCCGAUGUUAAAUUGGAGCCGGACGAAGGCCAUCACAGCGGGGAUGAGCUUACUCAAGAGGACAUGGACCUCAUCGAGGUGCUUUGGAAGCAAGAUGUGGACAUGGGUUUCACCCUGGAAGACCCCGUUCAGCCGGAGGGCCCUCAAGCCAAGAAGGUGAACUUGGACGACCAGAUUGAUAAAGAACUGAAGCUGGCUGAGGAGAAGAUACAGAUGAAGAAGAAGGAGGAAUGCGAGAAGAUUGAGAAGGUGAAGGCGUCUCUUCUGGAAACUGAGAAGGAAGAGGAUCCGUGGGCCGGCUUGUCUUACACCGUUGACACCGAAACUGGUGAAUGCGUCAUCCAAGGCGAGCUACCCCAGCAGUUGGUUAGCGAGGAGUCCCGUUUCGAUCUUCUCGAAGAGGCCCUCCAGCUAGUAGAGCUAGGGGACGAGGCGGACAGCAAAGAUGAGACUCAGGCGGUAGAGGGCAGCAGUGGUACAAACAUGUUGCACCCGGCGAUGCGGCAUGUGCCGCAUCACCCACUCGCCCACUACCACAACCAAUCGCUCAUGCGUUCUAUGUCUGUUGAGCAGCGGUGGCAGGACCUCGCUUCGUUGCUGACCAUACCCCCGCCACCUGACCAGUACCAGCACUACCACCAGCACGCGCAUCCUCAUCCGCAUCCUCACUCGCAUCCGCAUAACAUCAGUCAUGGCGCGGCGGCGGGUUACACGCCGAACUACCACGUACCACCGCCUGUUCCGGAGAAACACCAUGACGGUUACGGCGCAGCACCGCCGCUGGAAGGCGCUUACAAAGUGGAGUCAGCCCAUCACCAGCAACACGACCCUUUGUACUAUCAGAAUUCGACAUCAGACAUGCCCCCGAAUCCAGAUGGUUUCCUCCAGUCAAUACUCAACGAUGAAGACCUACAACUCAUGGACAUGGCUAUGAACGAAGGCAUGUACACCAUGCGCAUGUUGGACGGCGCAUCGGCUGCGCAUGUUACACAUAAUCACACACAUAUGCCAAUGACGAAUGAACGGGACUCGGCUUCGGAUAGCGCGGUGUCGUCGAUGGGAUCGGAGAGGGUACCGUCCCUCUCGGACGGAGAAUGGUGCGAUGGAAGCGAUUCGGCGCAGGAAUUCCAUAGUUCCAAAUUCAGACCCUACGAGGGGGCGUAUGGAAGGGAGAGAGCAUCGCACGCACCACAGAAGAAACAUCACAUGUUCGGAAAGAGAUGUUUUCAGGAACAAGCACCCGCUCCCUUAGAACCCCUGGCACCAGCUCGACCCCCGGGCGUCGUGAAAUACGAAUGCGAACAAGCAUACCACGACAACAUGCACAUGCAUAACGUGGAGUACCCCCCGCGCCACCAGCUGCCGCCGCCACACGUGACCACCCUCCAGCCGGCGCUCGACCUGAACACGCCACACUCGAGUCACGCUUUACUACAGAGCACGAUACCGAGUCCGACACGCUUCGGUUUCGCUUCCAGUGAGAGAGUGAGACACAAUCAUACAUACAGCGCGCCGCUACCCGCCGCGGAACAGAGACAGCCGACGAGGGACAAACGAGUUCGUCGUCUGACGGAUGGGAGUACGUCCGACGGAGGUAGCGUGGCGGGGCAUCUGAGUAGAGACGAGAAGCGAGCUAAAGCUCUCGGUAUACCUCUUGAAGUUCACGAUAUAAUCAACCUGCCAAUGGACGAGUUCAACGAACGCCUCUCGAAGCACGACUUGAGUGAAGCUCAACUGUCUCUGAUAAGGGACAUAAGGAGGCGAGGAAAGAACAAGGUCGCAGCUCAGAACUGCCGCAAACGUAAGCUCGACCAGAUAACAUCGCUAGCCGACGAGGUGCGCACCGUGAGGGACAGGAAGGCGAGGACUCAGAGAGAUCACAACACACUGCUCGCUGAGAGGCAGAGGAUCAAGGAGAGGUUCGCUGCUCUCUACAGACACGUGUUCCAGAAUCUACGUGACGCCGAGGGCAGGCCCUUAUCGUCCAACCAGUACUCGCUCCAGCAGGCCGCUGAUGGGAACGUCGUCCUCGUACCGAAGAUGCAGCACGAUCACCCAAUGAACCGCUCCGACGAUGAAAUGGAUCGCAAGGCGAAGAACUACGAACAGUGACACAAGUGCACACACAGUCGAGUGCACACACAGACGGACACAUACGGACAGUAGUAUUUGUACAGACACACAAAAAAAAUUUUUUUUUGUUUCACAUCCUUCUAUUUAACUUUUUCACUGUACAUUUGUCUGUUGAAUUAAAAAUAAAAAAUUAAAUAUGCUUCUUUAAAUCUUGUACGAAUACUAUUGUUAUUGGGUUUUCAACUUUAUUUCAACAUUUCAAAAACCAAUUUGACAUUUUUGUAUAAACAAAACUUAACCAAACUUUGCAUACUGUUUUCAAAAGAAAUAUUUUAUAAUUAUGAACAAACUAUUUUUGCAAUAUUCUUGCAAAAAGCACUUCCGGUUCUGUUGCUUUUUUAAAUGGAACCGCCGCUUCAUAUGGACGUCUAUGGAAAUAUUGCAUGAGAUUACAUAUAAUUUUAUGUAUAAAAAGACAUUUUUUAUAACAAAAAGUCUUUUACAAACGUCUUACGAUUAUUGUAACACGGUUACCUAUUAGUUGUUUAUUUGUAUAUUCAACUUGGUUUGAUUUAUAAUCUGUGGAAAUUAUUCGUAAUUAAAAAAAAAAUGAAAACGGGGAAUGUCAAAUGAUGGAAGCGAUAUCGCGGACCGAUUUAAUAGAACAUUAUUUUUCUUAUAAUGUAUACGACUUGUAAUUAAAAAUAAUUGACUUUGUCUCAAAACGAACGGAAUAGCUCAGUAUUUUUUUUUUCACUUUAGCUCGAGUGUAUGUUCACGAACCGACGUCACGUCGAAGCUUUUUAUCGGAAUUAUAGUUUUAAAUGAUUAUAUUUUGUGAAAUUUUCUUGAUGUAAAUGUGAUAGUGAAAAAUUCCAUUUUUUGUUUAGCGUCGCAUAGUUUUGUCGAAGUGUUGCCAGUUGACUUCUUUGAAGUAUAUAAAAUAUGACGUGUGUAACGUCGCUGAGUUGCAAUAAGUAAUUAUAAAUUAUGCUUUUCUGUAAUAUAUGUGUUAAGUACAUACUUUAUUUAUGUAUAAUAAUAGGAUAGAUUAUUAUUAAAAAAAAACUUUUAGAUAACAAUAAAAAAAAAUACCAAUCUGUUGAGAAAAGUACAAAAUUAACGAAUAUGGGAAUUAUAAUGAAGGUUUCAACUGGAAACGUAAAAUGUUGAUAAGACUGGUGUUAAAGUUACAAUUCGAAAUGAAAAUCGACAAUCGACAAUACAAUAAAAAAAACCUCUGAAUAAAAAGCAAAUUUUAUAACUGAACUGCCAUACAGCCUUAUCUUACGCAAACUAAAAAAAAAAAGUAGAAAAAAAAGUUGAUUUAAUCGUUUUCAAGAAUGCUAGAUUUGUAUAUUUUUUUAAUUCAAUAAUCCGGUUGGAACCUUAACUUUAAAUAUUUCAACUCUUUGUUUUUUUUUUUAAAUGUAAGAGAUCAGUCCCUAGUGAUGUUCCACUGAUCUUUUAGAUUUAACGUUUUAUUUAAUCUGUAAGUUAUAGAUAUGUCAUUUGUGUCGGCAAUUAUGUAACUUUUUUGAAGACAACAAUUUUUAAUUAAAAAAAAAUCUAUAUUUUUUGAGUUUCAUUUUUUUUUUCAAUCAAUUUUAAAGAUAUUUUAAACCCACUUAUUGUAUAUCGUAAAGGAUCGAUAUGUUUUUAUUAUCUGAACAAAAAUAUUGUUGUCUUUAAAAUGCGAAUCCCUUGUAUGUGGUGCAUAUUUUUUAUUCGUAGCGUAAUAGUGCUUGCAAGAACUAAUUAUAAUAAUAUUUAUGUAAAGUAAGGGACUUUUAGGCAACGGGUAUUGCAUUUCACUAAGUUUUUUAAAUAAAUCUUAGAGUGGC